GGCCGCGCGGGGCCGGGGGCGCGCAGAGCACAGCGGCCGCCGCCAUGUUCGGGGGGCUCGGGAGGUGCUUCGAGGAUGAUCCCUUCUUCAGGGAUCCCUUUGCUGCCCACCACGAGCACAUGAGGCGGGCGAUGAGGAACUUCUCCGAGCCUUUUGGGCGGGAUCCGCCCCUGAGCCUCCCGGAGGGAGUGGAGAGACCGGCGGGGAGGAGAGCGGGCGGCAGAGCCCAGCAGGACUCGCAGGUGGCCACCAGGGGCCCCCGCAGGGCCACCAGCUUCUCCCUCAUGCCCUUUGCAGGUUUUGGGAGAGGGUGGGAUGCAGAUUUUAUGGAUCCAUUUUCUGCAAUGGACAGGAUGAUGUCAAACAUGAGGAACAACAUGCUGGAAAUGCACAGGAAAUUCGAUGACCUGUCCAUCCAGCCCGAGGGACACAGCUUCAGCUCCUCCUCCAUGAUGACCUAUUCCAGAGUGGGGGAUGAACCUCCCAAGGUGUUCCAGGCCACGAGCCAGACCCGCACGGCUCCGGGAGGGGUUAAAGAAACAAGAAAAGCACUGAAGGAUUCUGAAAGUGGCCUGGAGAAAAUCUCUGUUGGUCACCACAUCCACGACCGGGCUCAUGUCAUCAGAAGAUCCAAGAACACCAGGACUGGGGAUGAGGAGAUGAACCAAGAAUUCAUCAACCUGGAUGAAUCCGAGGCUGGCACCUUUGAUGAGGAGUGGCAGAGGGAGAUCAUGAAGUUCAGGCCUUGCCGAAGCAGAGCAGCUGUGCAAGGCUCGAGAUCCAGGAGUGCCCAUUACAGCCCCAGGGAAGGGGGCUCCAGAAGAGAGAAGCCCCUGGGAGCUCCGGGAUCCAGGGUGCCCAGGGAUUCCCUGGAGGCUCUCAGUGUGAAAGGAACUCCUGCCCCCCUGAAGGGCUCCAGGAAUUAACUGUCCCCAUUCCCUGGGGACAGAGGGUCCCUGGCGCAGAUGAAUGGUGCUCAGUGCUCGCAUCCAUAAAAAUACACCUGGAUUUGUGACCAAUCUCUGCUCUGUGUUGUGCCUUUGCUCCUCCUGCUUCUCAGUGUCCUCAGACCGCAGUGAAUUCCAGCCCAGCAACUUUCUGCCUAAAAGCACUUUAUGGAACAUCUCUAAGCCUGGUAAAACCAGCUUGGAUUUGCAGAGCUCUUCUGCUCCAGCUGCACCAAUCUCAGGCUUUACUAAGCCUGGAACUGCAGCUCCUCCUUCCCACUCUGAGUUGCACAGAAAGCAAAUUUCCUUUCUUUUAGGUGGCUGAAAUAAUUGCCGAUUUCCUAGGUUAAUUAAUAGAACUUGAAUACACUGUAAAGCACUACUUUAAAAUCAUGUGAUAAAUUGUUACAGAACCCCCACACUCACUGUGGUGUAACAUAAAAUGAGAGGAAAUACUGACAUAUGACAAUACUUUACAUUUAUCAGAGUUUUUAUGUUAAUAAGCUGUGCUUGCACCUAAUUUCCUGUGCCUGAACUGUCAACUUUAUAUUCCUGAUCCUUUGUUUCUGUGGAGUUAGCCCAUCAUUUUCCAUUUUGAGGAUUGUCUGUAGUAUUUAAUUACUUUAAUUAUACUGUAGUAAUAUCAGUGUCCUGACAUCAGCUGCAACUAGGAAUUACUCAUGGGAAAAAUACGUGGGAGAAAUGAGUUUAACUAGAAUGAUUUCACCAUUUCUUGUGUUGUGAAGAGCCCUGGAUACAGGAACCCCUCUCCUUUCUGUGUUCUUUGUCUUUUACUGAGGGUAGAAUGACCCUAAAUCUACAUUUGAUAGGAGUUUAGAAGAGCCAGCAGUGCCUGAGAGCAGGAAAAUCCUGGGUUUCCAGGUGUCCAGUCCCUGUACUGUUCUACCAUGCAGAAUUAUCCCUGUGGCGUAGCAGAAAGAAUUUCUGUAAAUUAAAUAAUAUAAAUUAAUAACACUAAAGCUUUAUAUAAAUUCAAGGCUCCAUUAUAAUGUAGCCUUUAAAAGUACUGUUUGUAUGAUAAACUAGAGUUUAGUAAGUUAAGAGUAAUAUUUUUUUGGCCAAAAAGCCUCUAAAUCAUAUUUCAUCUUCCUGCUUAAUGUUAUUUAAUUUUAAUUAAUUAAUGUUUAUUAAUGUGCAAACCCAAUCAGCAGCACUUCUGUUGAACUCUGAGAAGGGAAGGACAAUUAUUUGCUUGUGGUCUCUUCGUGAAUUAGAGAAGUAUCAGUGGCAAUAAGUUGAUCAAUAUUAAUGGCAAUAAUUGAACCCUUUAAUGAGCAGUGGGGAUUGGGGGGGGGUUGGACACCCCUUAA